AUGGCAAAUCGUCGCGUCUUUGCGGCUGUGAAGCUCUACAAGCCGACACAAUGCUUGCAAAUACGGUCAUUUACGCCUUCAGCCCUACGGCUAGAAAAGGACCCUAAGGAAUCCGCGCACCCACGGAAAAACGUCGGCAUCCAUCCCAGCGAACUCGAGCAGCUUCUCGCAGAGCCCACCUGGUCCGUCGAGUCCCUCCUUCCACCAAAGACCCGUGCUCCCGAUGCCCCGCAAGUCACUUCGCAGCAGCUACACCACCUGCUGCGACUGUCAGCUCUCCCGCCCCCGGAGACGCCAGAGCAAGAGAAGAAGAUGCUAGAUACGCUGGCAGCACAGCUACACUUUGUGGGCAAGAUACAAGAAGUGGACACUACUGGCGUGAAGCCUCUCCGGGCUAUACGCGACGAGACUGCGGCUGCGGAAGAGGAACAAAAAAUUACACUGGAGACGCUCAAGGAUGCAUUGUCCAAAGAGAAGGUUGUGGGACGUCAUCACAAGCGCAUACAGCGUGACACUACACCUGUCGAUGCGAAGGACGUCGAGGACUGGGAUGUGCUAGGUUCAGCCGAACGGAAGUCCGGCAAAUACUUCGUUGUCGAAAGCGAACGCCCACAGGAAUGA